GUAAAGAAAAGAAUCUCAUCAUCAGCUCAUCAUCAGCUCAUCUUCUUCUGAGUUCCGAAGGGAGAGAGAAAGAGAGAGAGAGAGAGAGAGAGAGAGAGACGAUCGUUUCCUGCAACAAUUUUGAAAGAAAGGAUGACGAGCACCAGAAUUCAAUUUCAACCAACGGCUUCAGCGCUCUCCUCCACAAUCAAACACCACUUCCGUCCCCUACCCCUCCGAAACGCCGUCGUCUUCAGACCCACACGUACUAGCAAUGGUUACGGUUAUGGCUAUGGUGGAACCACUACAAGCAGAAGUAGAAGAGGCCUUUCCGUUUCAAUGUCGUCUGCUUCUACCACUCCUACUCCCUUGGAAGUCUUGGUCAAAGCUUCCGUUACUUUCCCCGACAAGCUCGGCGACUGUCCCUUUUGCCAAAGGGUAUUGCUGACUCUAGAGGAAAAGCAUCUUCCUUAUGACCUAAAGUUGGUUGACUUGGGUAACAAGCCAGAAUGGUUUUUAAAGAUCAAUGCAGAUGGUAAAGUUCCUGUUAUAAAACUUGAUGAGAAGUGGAUUGCAGAUUCAGAUGUAAUCACGCAAUCAUUGGAAGAAAAGUACCCAGAGCCACCUUUGGACACCCCACCUGAGAAGGCUUCAGUCGGGUCAAAGAUCUUCUCAACAGUUAUUGGCUUUCUUAAAAGCAAAGACCCCAAUGAUGCAACAGAGCAAGCAUUACUCCGCGAGCUAAGUGCUUUCAAUGAUUAUCUCAAAGACAAUGGUCCUUUUGUCAAUGGGAAAGAUGUUUCUGCUGUAGAUUUGUCACUCGGACCCAAGUUGUAUCAUCUAGAAAUUGCUCUUGGGCAUUAUAAAAGUUGGUCAGUUCCAGAUUCCCUUCCAUACGUGAAAUCUUAUAUGCAGACAAUUUUCUCAAAAGAUUCAUUUAUUAAGACACGUGCACUACCAGAGGAUGUUAUUGCGGGUUGGCGUUCAAAGGUUUUGGGUUAAAUUUGUGCAUUGUGUUGUAUUCCCUUUGCAUGAGUUUCACUAAAAGAAAAAAAAAAAAAAAAAAAAAAACAGUAAAUAGGUAAUA